AUGGUUCGGCCGGCCUUCGCGCUCGCCCUAGCCCUUGGCUUUGUGACAGCUCUCCUCCCGGCUGCCGUCUAUGGUAUGACUGACGGCCGCCCAGGCUAUGGUUUUAUCGGAUAUGGCAUCAACAUGUACCAUCCGACAUGCGCUUCCGCUUGCCGUGACAGCAUUAAAGCUCCCCUGAAUUGCACCUCCGCGGACAUGGGACAAGCCGGCCAUUCUCACAACAUGAGGAUGAAGCGGGACUUGAUCACCCUAAUGAAGCGGAUGGGAAUAAUGGGUGAUGGCAAGGAGGCACAGCUCCCGUCCGGCGAUGGGUGGAUGGUCAUGAAGCCUACGCCCGCAUGCAAAGUUCACAACGACUUCUACCUUCAGACGCUUGCCUUCUGCAUCAGUCAACGAUGCGAGGGUAUCUCUCUCGAUCAUAUCGAAAAGUUCUGGGCAAAUGACGUCGCGGGACGUGCCCUUGAUCAGCCGGCGCCAACAAAAAGCUAUACAGAAGCCCAUCUGGCUGCGACAAGCUCGACUCGUCAGACCCUCAACAACAAAGUAUUCCUCAAUUACACCGGCAUCGUGACGGACGAUACCUAUACUCCCAAUAUCAACGCCCUCACCAGUUUUGAACGGGUUGAAGUCCUGCAUUCACGAUAUGGCCUCAUAAUCUUCCUUAGCGGCGCAAUCAUUCCAAUCUUCCUCUCCUUCCUUCGGUUCCUGCCUUGGCCCGCUUCUGUGACAACAAAGUUUCACGCACACGUAAUCGACCCUCCACUGUUUGGCUCAAAGUACAAUUCACCUAUUCUGCGGGGUCUCGUAAUCAUGCCAACGCGCGGCCAGGCCCUGUUCAUUGCCUACUACUGGAUCCUAAAUGUCGUCCUCUCGGCUGUGAACCUCUCGGCCCCGAUGCCUGACGCCUGGUUCUCUGACGUUACAGGACAGGUUGUUGCCUACCUCGCCAAUCGGGUUGGCGUGCUUUCGUUUGCCAAUCUGCCAUUAGUUUUAUUGUACGCCGGCCGAAACAACAUUCUCCUUUGGUUAACAAACUGGUCGCAUGCGACGUUCCUUCUGAUCCAUCGUUGGAUCGCCUUUAUCUGCAUGUUGCAGGCCGCUCUCCACUCUGCACUGUACCUCUAUGCAUACAUGAAAUUCGAUGAUAACGAUUACGCUUCGGAAAGCAAGCUCCCGUACUGGUAUUGGGGCAUCAUCGCAACUUUGUCGCUGGUUAUCACUAUUCCAGCAUCUGUACUACCUAUCCGACGAAAAGUCUACGAGUUAUUCCUCUCGAGCCAUAUUGUGCUGGCGAUUCUAGCCUUGGUCGGCUGCUACUUGCACAUAUAUCAUCGCUUCAAGCACCAGUGGGGUUACGAGACGUGGAUAUACGUGGCCGUCGGGAUUUGGGCAUUCGACCGCCUCCUUCGUCUCGCUAGGUUGUUUUACAUGGGUGGUUUCAAACGCGCGUACGUCACCGCUAUUGAUGACGAUUAUUACCAAGUCGACAUUCCUGGCGUUGAUGCUUCGGGUCACGUUUACUUUCAUUUUCCUACUCUCAGCACCUGGCGCUUUUGGGAAAGUCAUCCUUUUUCGGUUGCUGGAUUACGCUGUCCGUCCGUCGAUAUUCAAGAGAUAGCAGUCAGUGGAAAGGAUGGAUUGACAACACAUAUUGCCCGGUCGUUGGCCGAAACGAAAGAUACUGGCAUCACGGUUUUUGUCAGGAAGCAUAGCGGUUUGACGGGUCUACUAGCUGCUCAUAGCACGGCGUCUGCGGGUAUUCCCGUAUUUGUGGAGGGAUCUUACGGGGUCGGCAUGUCCUUUUUGCAAGAUCAGGAGGUGCACCCCACGAGAGAAUUUCCUAACCUCUUGUGCAUCGCCGGGGGUGUCGGAAUUAGUGCCAUACUACCAGUCUUGAAGCGUGCCAACGGCAUUCCUCCAAUCGGUACCAGCAAGCUAUAUUGGGGGGUUCGCAGUCUUCCGCUUGUUCAUGCCAUCGAAGACAUGCUCGGAGUGCCGAAGAACGACUCCACGGUCCCAAGACACUGGGGUCAGACCGAGGUUGUGCUAUCCGUAGGCGAGCGAUUCAAUUUACGGACUGUACUUCAGGAAGAGUUGACGAGCAAGAAUGGAGGCACGACCGUUGUAGUAUGUGGCCCGGCCGGGAUGGCGGACGAGGUACGGGUACUGGUUGCUGGGUUGUCCAGACAUACAGGGUUGCUUGUCCGGUAUGUUGAAGAGAGUUUCAAUUGGUGA